AUUGAUGGUGUUUCACAACCGAUCUCAUCUCAUCCCUAUCAUCUCAUCUCCCCUUCACCACUAUGCCCAAAUCCCCACCCCAUUGAACAAAAACCAUAUCACCAUUCCUUCCGCUUCAAUCUUCUCAUCCAAACAUGAUGACGUCAUCAUCUUCAUCAUCAUCUUCUUCUUCAUCACACCCACCACCACCACCACCACCAUCGCCAUUAAUCCCAACAACCAUCCUUCUCUUACUUUGUCUACCCACUCUCUUCUACUUGGCCCCACACAUCCUCCCACCCCCACCCCCUCCCCCCAUCUCCUUCCCGGACGAACUCCAAGACCUCUCCCUUUUCCGGCGAGCCACCGCCGCCGAAACCCACCGCAACCCAUCCAAAUCCCGCCUCGGAUCCACCAACUCCAAACCCAAAAUCGCCUUCCUCUUCUUAACCAACUCCAAUUUACACUUUUACCCUUUGUGGGAACGAUUCUUUAACCCCAAUAACAGAUCAAGUCGUCAUCUUUACACUAUUUACGUUCACGCUGACCCCACCGUAAACCCUAAAAUCACCGCCCCCGGCGGCGUCUUUUCCGAUGAUCGGUUCAUCACCACCGCCAAGAAAACCCACCGCGGCACUGCCACCCUCAUCGCCGCCGCCCGCCGUCUCCUCGCCACCGCGAUUCUUGAUGAUCCGGCGAACCAGUUUUUUACUCUGAUCUCUCAGCAUUGUGUUCCUUUACACUCUUUUAGUUAUUUUUAUGAUACCCUUUUCGAAGUUAAGCAACACCAAGUUGCGGAAUUGAGGGGUUUGAAGUAUAAAAGUUUUAUUCAAAUUGUUAAGGAUGAUCCGUACAUUUGGGAUAGGUAUAAUGCUAGGGGGAAGAAUGUGAUGGUUCCGGAGGUUCCGUUUGAUCGGUUUCGAAUGGGUUCGCAGUUCUUUACGUUGACUAGGAAGCACGCGGUUUUGGUGGUUAAGGAUAGGAGGUUGUGGAAGAAGUUUAGGUUGGAUUGUUUGAAGCCGAAUUCGUGUUAUCCGGAGGAGCAUUAUUUUCCUACGUUGUUGUCGAUGGGGGAUCCGGAUGGGUGUAGUGGGUUUACAUUGACUCGGGUGAAUUGGACAGAUAGUGUUGAUGGGCACCCGCAUACUUAUUAUCCGAAUGAGGUGUCGAAGGAGUUGAUUUAUGAGCUUAGGCGGUCGAAUCACACGAUGGAGUAUAUGUUUGGGAGGAAGUUUUCUCCAGAUUGUUUGCAGCCGUUGAUGGACAUGGCUGAUGAGGUCAUUUUUCGGGACUGAUGAGUUUUCGGUCUCACGCGUGUCCAGUAAUCUGGCCUGAGUGCUGCUGGAAGGCUAUUAAGUUGGUGUGUAGGCGGAAUUUAUGCCAAAAGAAGCUCAAAUGUCGGAAAUCAGUACAAAUGUUGGGAAGAACAAGAAGAGGCGGUGACAGAACACGAUUCGGUUGGGAUUUUGGAGGGUGUAAUACAUGCUCCACUACCACCACUCACUUGCAUAUUGGUUGGUGUAUCUAUGGUUCAUAUGUAAGUUGUUGUUCUGUAUUGCAUUUCUUUGACAAAAUUUUGAGGUAAAGUUGCCAAUUUGUUCUCUGUAUAUUAUGCUACAAAAUGGAUAAUGACUUAAGUUGUCUUGUUACUUAUCAUUAGUUCCACUAUAGAUGGACUUUCUUUUAACCAAA